AUGUCCCUCGCAUACGUUAAAGCUUCGUCUGAUGGGCUCCCCACCCGCCAGGCUGCGAGACCCUCCUCGUCUGGGCCGUCUGGGCGCACGUUCUCGCCCACGCGCCGGCGAGCAGGAAACCAUCACCGAUCAUCGUCCGCGGCCGGUGAGAGACGCGGCGAUGGCUGGAACAGACCGCCAAGCCCCUGUCGAUUAAGGCUCGCUGCCGAGCGCCCCGACUGGGCGGUCACAUGGCCGCCAAACAAGGAAGCUGCUCCGGCACCAGGCGCGAGCGAGGUGCUAGCCGCCCUUAGUGCUGAGCUGGCCAAGGUGGCGCCUUCCGCCGUGGGAAGUGUGGGCACCUGGACAGUUUGCAAUACUGUCCAGGUUAAAGGAGGCAUCACUGAUGACGCCCAGCUAAUGGCAUCUGUGCUUCGCGACGUGCUCUACAAUUUCUUCACGGGCUAUUACGAGAAGGGAGUGCCCACUUCACCCCAAAGAACGGCCGAACGCAAGAAGAACUGCUUGGACAGCAUCUCUCGAGUCCUUCACGCGGUUGUAGGGCCAGGGGACCUCCUGUCCUCAGAUUUGAGAGCGGACUUCGCGGAAGAAGCAUAUGCUGCCUGGGGAUCCUGCAAGGGAUGCAUUGCAGCAAAAGCGGAGAUGUUGCCCCCCAAAGGCACCAACUUUGUAGAGUACAACCAUGACGAGAUUGAGCAUGACUUCGUGACAAAAAGCCCUUUCAGGGACUUUGCACAUGCCAUCGUGAACCGGCAAGAAAAGCUUGACGAGACCUUCUUUGACGAGGUGCUGCAGCGGCUCAAGGCGUAUCAUGCGGACAAACCUGAGCUUGGGGAGUAUGAGUUUAAGGCAAUGGCAGUGGAGCUGAAUACGAUUGCAUCGCUUUGUGCAGGAGUGAGAGCCUUUUGUGCAGCUACGGGGUACACACCGCCUCCUUUGCCAGCCAAGCCGGUCCCAUGCAAGCCUGGACGUUUUCGACUUGUCUCUGACUACUCCACAGGGGUCAUGCCCACAGACAGAUCAGUUUCGUGGGUUCCGACCUUGCCAUCAGCCCAGCUCCGGGAGGACGUAUCAGAGCGCUAUGGCAUUGACAGGGCCUUGUGGACGUUUGCCGGUGACAAUCCAACGGGCCCAACAUCCAAAGCCAGCUCCGCACCGCUUACUUGUUGGGAAUUCCUCAAGUUCAUGGAUGUGAUGUAUUUGCCAGUGAGCGAUGCUCCACGAUUCUUGAGGGUCCCUGGCAAGGAUCGCACCUUGAAUCGUGGGCAGUUGGAAGUUGCAGCUGCAAACUACACAACUGGGAACGUUGACCGUAUCCGUGUGGCACGGGAAGCACUUCUUGCAGCAAGCAAUGAGCAUGCGCUUCUCGAUACGGCCGGCAUCAUUGCAUUCUUCGCCACCAUUACAACGGUGGUGGAUUUUGCCGGGCACUACUCGACUCAGCUCCUCAAGAUGCUCGACAAGAUCGCAACUGUCAUUUCCAGCGGCCGUAUCAUGCGAAAGUAUGUCUGCUGCCAGACCGUCUAG